ACGUCUCAAAUGUCACUCUGUUUUGACACAUUCAACAAAAUGUCAACACCGUGGGGUUAGCAACAAAUCGUGAAAAUUCACCGAAAUGGCAUUCCUAGAGUGGCGCAAGUUCCACUUCUUCGACCUCAAGAAGGACGUCGACGAGGGAAAAAUCGCCGAACUUUUUAAGGAGUCGAAAGUGACGGUGACGUCGAGCGGGAACAACCACAUAGUCCUGGGGGACUCCAACGGACAGGUUUUUUUAUUGUCGCGGUCAUGGCACGUCAGAGUCUUCAGGGCGUACGAAAUGACCAUAGAACUAGCCCAUCAGCUACGAAACUCGCCGCUGUUGGUCACUGUCGGGCAAGACGAGCCCGGGAUCAACCCCCUGAUCAAGGUGUGGGACACCAGCAGGUUUGACAAGAACGGCAUACCCUAUUGCUGCCGCAUCUCGCGGGCCAUCCCCGGAAAUCGCCCUGUACAUGCGUCGUGUUUGUGCGUCCACGAUGGGCUGCAGUUGAUGGCCGUGGGUUUUGUAGACGGCUCUCUAGUUUUAUACAGGGGCGACAUCACCCGAGACCGCAGCUCCAAGCAAAAACUCCUGCGGGACGCCAGCUCGACCGUCACGGGGCUCGCUUUCAAGACCACUUCCACCAACAUUUUCCUCUUUCUGGCGACCGACAGUUCCGUCAUUGUUUACAACAUCACCCACAAGGACAAAGAAGUUAAGUUCCAACUGGACAACAUCGGCUGCGGCAAGAAAUGCAGCGUCUUGGCGGAGUCCAUGGUCGAGAGUCACUUCAUGGUGGGCCGCAAUGACGCUAUCUACUGCUACACAGCCGACGGUCGUGGUCCCUGCUACGCCGUGGACGGCGAAAAGGUCAUGCUAGAGUGGUUCCGCAGCUACCUCGUCAUCAUUUCUAAAACCAGCCGCCCUAGUUUGUCCAUUCCCGAGAACCAACCGACUAUCCAAGGCGACUUAAUCACGGUUCUUGACAUCCAUAAUAAAUUCAUCGUGUUUACAGCAACCGUGAGCUCCAUCAGAGCCGUACUGAGCGAAUGGGGCGCCUUCUAUAUUCUCGACAAAGACAACCGCUUAUACCACUUAGACGAAAAAGACUUACAAUCAAAAUUGUCGCUUCUGUUCAAAAAAAAUCUGUAUGAUGUAGCCAUACGGAUCGCCAAAUCGCAACAGUACGACUCCGACGGGUUAGUAAAUAUAUUUAGACAGUACGGGGAUCAUUUAUGCGACAAGGGGGACUACGUGGGGGCUAUCGAACAAUACAUUAAAACGAUCGGGAAAUUGGAGCCGAGCUACGUAAUUCGAAAAUUCUUGGAUUCGCAACACAUCGAAAAAUUGACGAUGUAUUUGGAAGCGCUACACAAGCAAGGACACGCGACCGAAGACCAUACAACAUUACUGUUGAACUGUUACACCAAACUCAACAACACUGUCGGUCAAUCUAAUAGCUUGAAGGAGUUCAUUUUGAUGAAAGAGGGCGACUUGAACUACGACGUGGACAUAGCGAUCAAAGUAUGUCGACAAGGAAGUCCCGCAGAGGCACUAAUGUUAGCCAAAAAACACGAAAAACACGACUGGUACAUCAAACUCCAAAUAGAAGACCACCAGAAGUACGUGGAAGUGUUGGACUACAUUUCCAACUUGAAUUUUGAAAACGCGGAACUCUUCAUGAAAAAAUACGGAAACAUUUUAAUUCAAAACGCCCCGUAUGAAAGCACCCAAUUUUUGAAACGACUUUGUACCAACUACAAAUCAAACAAUUCCCUAGAUAACUCACUGAUAGGUAGCUUUGACUUAAACCAAAAGUCGGACCCAGAGGACUAUAUUCACCUUUUUUUGAACAACUCGGAGCGUUUGGUUGAGUUUUUGGAAUAUUUGAUUAGCGAGGGCUGCAUUUUGAGCACGCCGGUAUACAACACACUGCUAGAGCACUAUUUGCACGUCUGGGGGAACUUGGAAAACGUCUCAGAACGUAACAAAUACGCCCAAAAGACACUCAAACUCCUACAAAACCCCGACAUUAAAUACGACAAAAGUCAGGCUUUGGUUGUCUGCCAUAUGCACUCGUUUAGCGACGGAAUUCUCUACCUAUACGAAGAACAAAAACUCUAUCAACAAAUUCUGAGACACCACAUCUCCAAAAACGACGCUAGUUCGAUUUUGGCGUGUUGUCGACGUUUCGGCCACCAAGAACCCACCUUGUGGGUGCAGGCGUUGUGGUCUUGCGUCAGAGACACCAAAAACCCGUCGAUCGACUUACUCAACGAAAUCUUGACUGUUAUAGCCAAAGAGAGACUGCUGUCGCCCCAACUAGUCGUAGACGCUUUGGGUACAGGCAGCGCCGACAUCACACUAGGACACAUCAGGUCGUACAUAGUCAACGAGUUGCAACAAGAGCAAAAGAAAAGCAAAGAAAUUUCGGAGUUGACUCAAAACUAUAAGAAAGACACCGAGAAAUUGAAGGAGCAGCUGGAGACUCUCAAGAGUGGGACUAUAGUGAUUCAGGGCUCGAGGUGCGCCGCUUGCCAUCACCCCCUCGAACUGCCCACUAUACACUUUUUGUGUCAACACAGCUACCACCAACACUGUUUCCAGAGCUUCUGCGAGGAGGAAAACGAGUGUCCUGCGUGCCAACCCGAAAAUAAGAAUCUACUAGAGCUUUUGAAAGCGCGAGAGUACAAUAAGGAUCUCCACGAGACGUUUCAUUCCCAAUUGGAGAAAGCGCACGACGGGUUUUCAGUAGCGGCUGAGUAUUUCGGCAGAGGGGUUUUUAAUAAGUAUAAAGUGAUUCGGGACGACGUCCCCGAGAAGGCCAUUCCUGAGAAAAAACUAAUCAUAGAGCCGGAAAUCAGAAAUUACGGGCUAGGGGCGGAGGCUAGGUUAAGACAGUCGGAACGACAAUCGGGACAAGUGCUCAUUCCGAUUCCCGAAGGAAGGAUACGCCUGCAGGAGACUCGCUACAGCUCGUCCCUUGAAGCCAAUAUAAGUUACGUCCCGAAAAAUUACGAAACGCGGAAGCGAGAUUACAGUGUGGAUGUCGCCGGCACGAAUCCGUUUGAGAGCGAGUACGACGAAAGCAAAAACCCUUUCGCCAAGGACGAGGAAGAGGAUUUUGAUGAGAAUAACCCAUUUAGGGAUGAUUGUGAUAAGAAUUCUAAUCCAUUUUAUAAGUAAGGCUAUGUAUUAAGUAACAAUAAAUAUGUAUGCUUAAGCUUA